GCGUGAGUCACGUAUCAGUAUCACUAUAAAGUAGUUAAAACAAAUACACUACGUGUCUGCGAAUUAGAAAAUCUAAUUGAUAAAUCUGCUUCUAGAAAUGGUUGAGGAGCAAGAUAAAUUGCUUCCAAUAGCCAAUGUAGGGCGGAUCAUGAAACACAUCCUCCCCCGGAAUGCCAAAAUCUCGAAAGAAGCCAAAGAAACAAUGCAAGAAUGUGUAUCAGAGUUUAUAAGUUUUGUAACCAGUGAAGCCUCAGACAAAUGCCACAAGGAAAAUCGAAAAACAGUGAAUGGAGAUGAUAUUUGUUGGGCUUUGAGUACGUUAGGGUUUGAUAACUUCUCGGAUAUUAUGUUAAGGUACUUGCAUAAGUUUAGGGAGUUUGAAAGACAGAAGGCUGAACAAAACAAAGCCUCAAGUAGUGAAGAGAAAGAUGAAGUAACCAGCAAUGGCUUCUGCCCGCAGCCCGACGCUUCUGCAUCACUAGAGUUCGGAAUUCUUGUGAAGGGGGGAAGCUCAUCUUCUAAACAGAAGUAAGUGAUGAAUAAAAAUUUACAAGAUUUAGCUGACCCUUGAAUGAACUGUGACAAGUAUUUUGAAGGUGAAUUUCCAAACUUUUAGUUGCUAAAUUUAUUAUCUUUUUCUUGUAAUUUUCGGGAUCAAAGGAAGCCAUGUACCUUGUUACAUAAAAAGAUUUAUGGAUGAUAUAUGUAAUUUACUAAUUUCCUUUAGUUUUGAAGAUUUGGGAUUGCAGUU